AAGGUUGAUUAAGCUCCUCAGGACUCUUACCAGGUAAAAGGAAUGGCAUCUUAGUUGUUUUGAAAUGUAUUCUUACACUCAAACUUAAUUCAGUAAAAUCAUAUUAGAACUUUCAGUUAAUAAAAACAGAGCUUGCAAUUCAGGCUGUGUGUUUAAACUAAAAGGAUACUGAAACACAGCAAGUUUUAAAUUGGAAAUGAAACGAGAAAAUGAUGUGCAAAAGCAAAUAAAGACACUUGGUGGCGCUGCAGGCUUAAGAGUGUCAAGAAUGAGCUCUGCAGACGCCCAGGAAGCCAUCUCAUUAAGUCAAGAAGCAGAACAACGGCAGCUGCUUGAAGAAGAAGGUAAUAAGUUAGGGUUUAUAGAAGAAUCUAGGAAGAAGGCAUCUCUUCCUAGUCGGAUUUACUCCAGUAUCUCCGCGGACACUCAGGAGUGGACUAUAAUCAACCAGAAGCAGCAGCACCCUCUGGACUGAAUCUGUACAAUGGAGACAGUGCUAGCAAAAAUGCCAGAGCAAAGGCAAGUCUUUUUUCUUACUAUAUUGUUUCUGUUGUGGAAGUCUGGCUCUGAGGCCAUUAGAUAUUCCAUGCCAGAAGAAAUGGAGAGUGGCUAUUUGGUGGCAAACAUGGCAAAAGAUCUGGGGCUCAGGGUUGGAGAACUGGCCACUAGAGGAGCUCAAAUCCAUUACAAAGGAAACAAAGAGCUCUUGCAGAUGGAUGCAGAGACUGGGAAUUUGUUCUUAAAGGAAAAACUAGACCGGGAGGCACUGUGUGGGGCGACAGAACCCUGUGUGCUGCACUUCCAGAUCAUACUGGAAAACCCUGUGCAGUUCUUCCAAACUGAACUGCAGCUCACAGAUAUAAAUGACCACUCUCCGGAGUUCCCUGACAGAAAAAUGCUACUAAAAAUCCCUGAGAGCGCCCAGCCAGGGACUGUGUUUCCUCUGAAGGCAGCCCAGGACUCUGACAUAGGGAGCAACGCUGUUCAGAACUACACACUCAGCCCCAACCUCCAUUUCCAUGUGGUUACUCUCAGUCGCUCAGAUGGCAGGAAAUACCCAGAACUGGUGCUGGACAGAGCCCUGGACAGGGAGGAGCAGCCUGAGCUCGCUUUAAUCCUCACAGCUCUGGAUGGGGGAGCCCCGCCCAGGUCAGGAACCACCGAAGUUCACAUUGAAGUCAUGGACAUCAAUGAUAACGCCCCCCAGUUUAUACAGUCACUCUAUGAGGUGCAAGUUCCUGAGAACAGCCCACUCAAUGCUUUAGUUGUCACAGUCUCUGCCAGGGAUUUAGAUUCUGGGAUAUAUGGCAAUGUAGCCUACUCUCUAUUUCAAGGUGAUGGAAUAUCUCAACCAUUUGUAAUAGAUGAAAUCACGGGAGAAAUCCGUCUUAGCAAAGAGCUGGAUUUUGAGGGAAUUAGCCAUUAUAACAUAGAAAUCGCAGCCACUGAUGGGGGAGACCUUUUAGGAAAAUGCACUGUGGCUGUACAGGUGUUGGAUGUGAAUGACAAUGCCCCAGAGUUGAUGAUCAGGAAGCUCACAGUCCCUGUCCCAGAAAAUUCCGCUGAGACUGUAGUUGCUGUUUUUAGUGUUUCUGAUUCUGAUUCGGGGGACAACGGAAGGAUGGUGUGUUCUAUCCAGAACAAUAUCCCAUUUCUCCUGAAACCCACGUUUGAGAAUUACUACACUUUAGUGACCGAGGGGCCACUUGAUAGAGAGAGCAGAGCUGAGUACAACAUCACCAUCACUGUCUCGGAUCUGGGCACACCCAGGCUCACAACCCCGCACACCAUAACAGUACAGGUGUCUGACAUCAACGACAACGCCCCUGCCUUCGCCCAAACCUCCUAUACCCUGUUUGUGCAAGAGAACAACAGCCCCGCCCUGCACAUAGGCACCAUCAGUGCCACAGACUCAGACUCAGGCUCUAAUGCCCACAUCACCUACUCGCUGCUGCCGCCCCAAGACCCACAGCUGGCCCUCGCCUCGCUAAUCUCCAUUAACCCCGACAACGGGCAGCUGUUCAUGCUCAGGGCGCUGGACUAUGAGUCCCUGCAGGCCUUCGAGUUCCACGUGGGCGCCACAGACCGAGGCUCUCCUGAGCUCAGCAGCCAGGCUCUGGUGCGCGUGGUGGUGCUGGAUGACAAUGACAAUGCGCCCUUCGUGCUCUAUCCGAUGCAGAACGCCUCUGCGCCUUGCACUGAGCUGCUGCCCAGAGAGGCGGAGCCUGGCUACCUGGUCACCAAGGUGGUGGCUGUGGAUCGCGACUCUGGACAGAAUGCCUGGCUGUCGUUCCAGUUGCUCAAGGCCACGGAGCCCGGGCUGUUCAGCGUGUGGGCGCACAAUGGCGAGGUGCGCACCACCAGGCUGCUGAGUGAGCGCGAUGUGCCCAAGCACAGGCUACUGCUGCUGGUCAAGGAUAAUGGCGAGCCUCAGCUCUCUGCCAGUGUCACACUUCAAGUGCUACUGGUGAAUAGUUUUUCUCAGCCCUACCUUUCUCUUCCUGAGCUGGCGCAGGACCCCAUUCACGAGGAUGAAGAGAUGCUCACUCUGUACCUGGUCAUUGCCUUGGCUUCUGUGUCUUCGCUCUUUCUCUUGUCUGUCCUUAUGUUUGUGGGAAUGAGGUUGUGCAGGAGGGCCAGGGAGGCUUCUCUGGGUGUCUGCUCUGUGCCUGAGGGCCACUUCUCUAGCCACCUGAUGGAUGUUAGUGGAACUGGGACUCUGUCCCAGAGCUACCAGUAUGAUGUGUGUCUAUCAGGAGACUCUAGGACUGAAAUAAAAGUGUAAAUGUAGCCUUUGUGGGUCUUGUGUUAAUCUCAGUUGUCAACUUGAGAUCUAGAACUUCUGGGCACAACUACGAUGCAUCAUCUUGCUUAGUUAACUGAGGCGGGAAGUUCAGCCAUGGAAGACCAUUGUGGGUAGCACCAUUCCCUGUGCUGGGAUCCUGGACUGUAUGAAGUGUUACUAUGACCACAAGUGUUCAUUGCUUUCUUCUUCUUGCUUGAGAUGCAGUGUUACCAGUUGCUUCAAGCUCCUGUAUUUCACCUUACCUAUCAUGAUGUAAUUUUAAACUGAGAGCCAAAACAGACCUUUCCAAAAUUUGCUUUUGUUGUGAUAUCUUAUCCAUGAAAUAGGAAAAAUAACUGAGCCAACUGCAUGGUUGCAUGGCACUGGAUAACAUACCCAGGAACUGUACAUUCUAAGCAUGAUACUCACUGUGGCCCUGUCUCUGGUUUAUAUCAAUACACAUAUUUCCUUUGGUUUCCCUGCAGUUUCUCUUCACCUUUCAAAAGACCCAGGAAUUUCUGGAAACUUCAGUACUCUAUUUGAUUCUUGUUAUUAGUUCUCAAAAUUUUCACUUUAUAUAUAUGUUUUGUAGAUAUAGAAAGAAAAGCAAUUUGUUGUGAUAUUUAAUUGCCUCCUGCUUUGUUAUUUGGUGUAAUGGUGAAGCAUUUUCAGUUAAUUUAAUCUUUCAAUUGUGCUGACUGUUGCACACUACAAAAAGUGAUUGGUUCUUAAUUGAUUUGAACUAUAAUGAAUGGAACAGAAUUAUAAAUUACUUACAUUCUAUGAUUUAAAUAAGCUUAUAUGUGAUUUCCAACUAGUUAAGAUUUUGUGGGUACAACUGCAAAAAAUAAACUUUGUUAAAGUUUUUGCAGAACAUGAACAAUUGAAGAGCUUGGUUUAUAAUCUACCAUCUGCAUUUAUAUCUGUUGCUUUUUAGUUGGUAUGGAUUAAUUGAACAAAGAAAUAGAUUUCCUAAUGAAUCUUUCAUUCAUGUACAUAAACAUUCAACAUGUUUAAUCUUUAUUUGUUUUUAAAUCUCAAGUGUCAUUUCUCUGGAGUUAAAGUAUUUGCAAACUUCCCUGAAUUAAUG